UGCCUGCAGUUGGCGCCACAGUCACUCCACUGUCACUUCGCCCGAAAGAGAGAGUUUCAGAAGAACUCCCGUCGUGAUAUUUCCCAGGGAAUUGCGAUUGCAAUUAGUAUAUCUUAUCAGGUGCUGAUCAGCAGACGUCUCCAGUCUGCCCAUCAUUCUGCAGAUAAGUGUCUUAGCUGUUGGUUGUCUUCUGGCCGUCAAGAUGAGUCUUCGUCUGCCGCAAACACUGUCAAUCAUCUCCAGGUACGUCCGGAAGGUGCCUGUGAGAUCCUCGACGUUCCCGCGGAGAUCCUUGGACACCAGCGUCAAGGGACUCUCCACAGGACUGCCAAAGUUGGACAAGGAAGAAAUUGACGUGACAUUCGUGAAGGCGAAUGGGGAGCGGAUAAAGACCAAGGCCAAAGUGGGGGACACUCUCCUGGACACUGUGGUGAACAACAGUAUCGACCUGGAGGGAUUCGGGGCGUGCGAGGGAACGCUCACUUGCUCCACGUGCCAUCUGAUCUUCAAGCAGAGCGACUUUGACGAUCUGCCGGAGAAGCCCAGCGACGAGGAGCUGGACAUGCUGGAUCUGGCCUACGAUCUCACGGACACGUCGCGCCUAGGCUGCCAAAUCACCCUCAGCAAGGCCAUGAAUGGCCUCGAGGUGCAAGUUCCGGCCACAAUCAACGACGCCCGGAAAUAGCAGCGACUCCAGGAUCUGCUGGACAGCAGAGUUGCCAGUAACAGGAAUUCAAUGAGCUAUGAAGGAUCAACAUCCAGAUCAACAGACUUACCUCUCUCAGCGACCAACUAAUCCAAUGGGAAGAAAACCACUGAUUUUCCUCCCUCCGGAAGAAGAUCAAGUGUUGAGUGCAAAAGAAAACUUUAUUUUCAAUCGUGUUAAUUCACUUUAUUUGACCAUUCUUUUUGUUAUCAGUGAAUAUAGAAAAUACUUUUUAUUACAAGAAAAAAAAAUCACUUGCUUUGCAUUCUGGCUGCUGUGCAGAUUCGCCGACGAUCCUCAGUUGUGUGGAAAAAGAUCCUGCAAAUAUCAGCUUACCUUUGGCGCUGUGUUCCCUCCCAAACAAAAAAAUAGUCUUGCUGUAACCUUGCCUAAAUUGUGUUAUCAAUUCAAGGGUCGACUGAUAAACUCAUGAUUUUUCAUCUCUUCAUACGUUCACUUUAUGUGCUCAAAAGACUUUUUGUAAAAUUAUUACACAUUCUUUUUCGAACGUGUAACAACAGAAGUGCACUUUUAUUUAUCAGCGAUGGAAAAAAGCUGAAAUUCAUCCUAUUUAUCGAUUUUCAAAAUGUUUCCUUAUCACAACAGAAAUUUACUGAUUUCAUUAUCACAUUACUGCAAAUCAUAAUGAAACAGCGAAAACCAACUUUUUUGUGCAGAUUAAUAUAGAAAAAGUGUGUAAUAUUUUACUGAAAAUGACUGAAUAAUUAUUAUCAACUUCAAUCUCCGCUUUCCAUUUGGGUUCGUCAAAAUUGAAGCACAUUUCAAUCAAAUAAAACCUCAUAGAAAAUUGCUCGUGCCUGAAAUAAUAUCCAUUUCUCCUCUGGUCACAAAAGUACAACAAGCAAAAGCACAUAAUAUAGUGCUGAAGAAAUUUGUUAACUUGUGAUGCAAGUGAGCAAGAAAAAUGCCUCAACUUGGUGAACGUACAAACAAUCAAUUAUGUAAUAUGUUCUCCUCUCAUUGAGAUGAAUGAGAUAUUUUCACCAAUUGAAAAAUUACUUCUUGGCUAUACGCAAAAAAGCCCCAAAACGCCACCCACUCAAUUGUGUGUGUGUAGAAAAUGAUCUCUAAAUAUGUUGCUGCUUGUGCGAAUUCGUGACGUGAACAUUUAAUGCCAUUUCGCUGCAGUGAAUAAGCAAUAAUUGAUGUUCAAGUGAGGAAAAACAUUCAAUUUCACAUGUUGUUUCCAAUGACGAAACGUCAUCUUUUUACUCUUUUUAUCAAUCAACAAGUGCUUCGAAGAUAACCAUUUCUUCCUACUUAUGAAUUUCCCCAUUCUUCCUAAUUGCACCGCUUAUGCAACAAUUAAAAACAUUGUGUGUAUAUUAUUAUGUGAUUUACACAGUAAUAUUUUGAUUUGAACUAUUUAGUAUUUCUUCAUUUUUCCAUACAAUUUUUUUUUCACUUCUAUAUUAUUCAAUUGAAAAAUGUUUCUUUUCAAUGUUUAUGGAAGGAGAAUUUUUUUUUGUAUCAUUGCUAAGAAUUAAAAGUAACUUUUCCCAUUUCAACAAGCGAAUCGAAAAGUAUGAAAAGUCAAAAUAGAUAUUUUUCACUCGCGAUUUGAGAUCAUUAACUUUGUGAUUAUUCGGUCAUUUCUUAAAUUUUUAAAAAUAUUGAUUUAUAUUAUUUAUUUUGAUAAUAUUAUUGGCUUACUAACUUUGGCAAUAAAUAGUGAACUCCUCAAAGGUCAAUUUCGCCUUUGAGAAAUAAAAUCGUAACUACUUUAUGACUUUUAAACGUAAAAAGCUGAUGCAAAACUUGACUCUCGAGUUCAAAUUUUUUUCUCUCCUGGCCAGGAUCACGCCAGGAAGUCAUAAAGUGUGAAAAUAUGUGAGAAACGAGAGAAUAUUAUAUGAAA